UGCCGUCCACUUCGCGUGCGCUCCUGUGCACCUGCUUUUGGAAAUCUUGCUCUCCGCGCGCAACGAUCUCACCUGAAUUCUUUCAGAGAUGGCCUUUCCUUCCUCCUACUACGCUUUGGGUGAUUUUAACGACUCGGUCUCAACAACUCCUUUCCAUGUUACCGAGGAUCCGCUGCGCGUGAUUUCAAACGUCAAAGAGAGCAACACGACUGCAGCCAGGGACACUACGAGUCUCAUCAUCGCCGUUUGUAUCACGGCUCUCUACUCUCUCAUCUGUGUGGUGGGACUGCUCGGAAACGUGCUUGUCAUGUAUGGAGUGGUCAGGUACACCAAGAUGAAGACGGCCACCAACAUCUACAUCUUUAACCUGGCUCUCGCCGACGCACUCGCCACCAGCACCCUCCCCUUCCAGAGCGCCAAGUACCUGAUGAACACGUGGCCCUUUGGAGAGGUGUUGUGUAAAGUGGUCAUUGCCAUCGACUACUACAACAUGUUCACCAGCAUCUUCACGCUCACCAUGAUGAGUGUGGACCGCUACAUCGCCGUCUGUCAUCCGGUGAGGGCCCUGGACUUCCGCACACCUGCCAAAGCAAAGCUCAUCAACGUGGGCAUCUGGAUCCUCUCCUCUGCUGUCGGAGUCCCUGUAACGAUCAUAGCUGUUACCAAGGUUACAGAUAAAGGAAACACCAGUUGUGAACUCAGAUUCCCCAAACCUGAGUGGUACUGGGACACGGUGAUGAAAAUCUGUGUUUUCAUCUUCGCCUUCGUCGUUCCCGUCCUGGUCAUCACCAUCUGCUAUGGUCUGAUGAUCCUGCGGCUUAAGAGUGUCCGUCUGCUCUCCGGCUCCAAAGAGAAGGACAGGAAUCUGCGCAGGAUCACCCGCAUGGUCCUGGUGGUCGUGGCAGCCUUCAUCAUCUGUUGGACUCCCAUCCACAUCUUCAUCAUCGUCAAGACCAUGGUGGACAUCAACCGCAAGAACCUCCUUGUGAUGGCCUGCUGGCAUCUGUGCAUUGCGCUGGGCUACACCAACAGCAGUCUCAACCCUGUGCUGUACGCCUUCUUGGAUGAGAACUUCAAAAGGUGCUUCAGGGAUUUCUGCCUGCCCUAUCGCUCCCGCCCGGAUCAGAACAGCUUCUCCAGGGCACGCAAUACCACGAGGGAGCCCAUGUCUGUCUGUGCUCCUGCGACGACACAGAGACCGCCGGCCUGACUAGGCAUGGAUCAGCGGGGAGGAAGAACACUUCAGGACGACCUCCAGACUGAGGUCACACAGUUCUCCACCACAGGAGUGUGAGUCCGCAGGUGGAGGCUUAUGACCUCCCAUUUAUUUAAAUCAUUGAUUUACAAUCUCAUAUAAUGAAACCCCUGUGUCUCAGGAGGUUUGUGAGACACGGCUCUUCAAGAUGAUUGCAAACAUGCCUGUGUGUGCCUGUGCAUAAGGAGAUGGAUACAAAUGUACAUGCUUGGAGUGUGUAUGAAGCACAUGCAUAAUGCACCCAUAUGAACAAGGUCAAUGUUAAAGGGACAGUUCGCCCCAAAGUCAAAAACACAUAUUUUUCCUCUUACCUACAGUUUUGUUUAUUAACCCAAUGGGCCCGAACGACACAUAGUGCGUCCAAAUUCACACCUGUUCUUCUCUGUGGAUUUUCUCCACGACCUUGUGUCUUUCCGACAAGACCAAGCACUUGUCAGUAGUCCAAUGUUUUCACAGCGAAAAAAAUGAUAAAAUUACACUAAAAUUAUGUAUAACAGAGCUUUCAUACAGCUUUGCACACACAUCACUCUUGGAUGGAUUACUCGCGAAUGCAGGCUCGCACAGAAAUGCCACGCAUAUCACAUGAAAGCGCAGGACCACACACAUCAUUGUGCUGUCAUCCCAUCACGCUAUAAAUACAGAUUGAUUGUCUACAACAUAAAAACUUGACGGAUUUCUUUACAAUCCAUUAUACAGAUCACGUUAUCAGUCACUUCAUAUAGUGAGGAAUAUCGUAUCUUACCAUGUCUUAGGCUUGCGUGUGUUUCUCCCUGUCUAUCCACAUUUGUAGUCCGGCUUUCAAGAUGCAAAUAUCUCCAUAUUGUCCAGUUGACACUCCAUCAAACUUUGUAUGACAAGACCAGCCACUUCACCUUUGCGCACCCAGACAACUGCAGCCUAAUUAUGCAUGCAUGACAGGGCCGUAGUCACCAUAUACAUUGAGGGGGACAUGUGUGCCCCCCAAUGCCCAAAAUGCCCCCCCAGUAUAUAACUGAAACUGAAAAACAACAACAAACUUUGUUUACUGCAAACAAAGUGGCAAAUAUUAUCUUGGAGGACAUCAUUGCACUUGGUUGACUAUUUUUCUAUUAUCUUAGAUGUAAAUAUUGCAUGUUUCUUUCAGAUAAAACACAUUUUUGACUUGUGAAUGAGUCAAUGGAAUUUCUUGCAAUAAUGAAAAAAUACUGGCAAUCAUGUCUGCCUGGCACAAACCACAUGUUUUGGACAGCUGUGAAGUGACAGAAUGUCCCACCAUCAUGGUUCUUAUAUUGCCAGAAUCCAGAGUGUCUCCCCUCUUCAUAUAUGGCAGAAUAUGUCUUUUUCCAACUCGCUAUGGUGAGAUACAUGUAAAAAUGUAAGAAUUUAGGCACACGGAUUUGUUUUUUUCAUUGAUAUAAAAAUUAAUAUAAAAUACAGGCACAUAGAAGGACAUGAAAUGAUGGCAAAUCUGGUUAGCCCAGAUUGUCCUGAAAAAAACAAGAUAUAGCAUGUGUAUGUAGCCUUUAUAAUGACUGUGAUAUGAGCUUAAAAGUAAAGGCAGUAAAAAUACCCCCAAAACGCCUAGGGCCCAUAGGGUUAAUCUAGAUUGUUUUGGUGUGAGUUGACGAGUGUUGGAGAUAACAGCCAUAGAGAUGUCUGCCUUCUCUUAAAUAUAAUGGAACUAGAUGGCACUUGGCUUGUGGUGCUCAAGGAUAUACUGAAGAUAAUCCACAGACCUUGUUGUGAGCAGUUUCAUGUAGGAACUAUUUUCCACUGAACUACACCCACUCAACGUAUCACGGCGCAAAAGGAAAUGUGAAUCGACUGCUAGCUCACCUAGCACUACUGAGCUAGUGAACGUUACAACUCAGCGAAGGAGGAUGCCAUUAAUGUUUACAUCUCACCAGAGGUGGGUAGAGUAGCCAAAUAUUGUACUCAAGUAUUGUUGCUUUAAAACAAUAUAACUCAAGUAAAAGUAAAAAGUAUUUUGCAUCAAAACUACUCUGAAAAGUACAAUUUAUCCAAAAAGUUACUCAAGUAAAUGUAACUGAGUAAAUGUAACUAGUUACUACCCACCUCUACAUCUCACACUUUCAUGAGCCUCUUGUCCAUGAGUAGAUGCACUCUUCCUUUUUUGCAGUGAUACAGUUGGCAGGUGUAUCUCAGUAGAAAGAAAAUCAUUUGAACAUGAAAUUGCUGACAACAAGGUCUGUGGAUUAGGUGGAUAUAUUUACAGCUGAUACCUGCAACACUCUGCAACUCACACAAAAAAAUCUAGAAUAACAAAAAGCACUACAGAUAAGAGGAAACAUAUGUGUGUGAUAUUGGGGUGAACUGUCCCUUUAAGCACACACGGUGCAGUCAGGAAGCAUUGUGAUAGGGAUGUGUUUUUAUUGCUUUGGCUCUGCACAAUAAAACAAUAGGAGGUUAAAGCACUGACUCUAAGGUAUAAAGGUGUCUGUAGGUCUUCACAUCCAUAUUAGGUGAACAAUGUUGGACUCUGUGUUUACACAGUCCCACAGUGAUCAGACUGUUAAGCAGGACAUAGAUACUAAACACACAGACAAGGCCACCAGGAGAUGUCUUUUUAUGGCCAAACAGUGGCCGAUGUUUGAUUGGCCUGAGUCGGUCACGUGACCUCAAUCCAACAGAUCAUGUUUUUCACUUGAUGAAGAGCAGACGUACUCUGAAAAUCCCCGGUAGCAGUGAGAAGUGAAGAUGGCUGCAGCACUGGCAGAGGAUCAACAGGGAAGACACUGUGGAUGUCUGUGGGUCACAGACUUCAUUUGUCUUCAGCUAAAUGUUGCCUGUGAUUACUUUAUUUAGAUUUAUGUAAAAUUACUUUCUAUUCCCUAAAACUGGGGUAGCAUUUGUACAUUUGGUUGAUGUAACACUUUCGAAUUAAACCUACUUUUUCAGCCACUUGUAGGCUGAGGAAACAGCUGUAAACACAACACAACACUGACAUAUUUUUAGGUUGGUUAUUUACACAUUCAGCAGUCUUAAAUUGGGUAUUUGGCUACUUGACAAAUGUAAGCUGAAUAUUAACCUUUCUUUUAGCUCCGUUUUUGUUCUCCACCAACUCCUAAAGGGAAAUAUGUGGUUCUUUAGCUGCUAAAGGCUCUACUGUGUUCACCAGCUAGUUGCUAACUGUGUCUGCCUGCUAUUCAUUGUUGGGAAGGUAAUAUAAAGUCAGUUUUUAGAACUGUUUUGCUGAAAACGAUGCUAUGAGAACAGUGAGAGUGAAAUAGUAAAGUUGCGGCCCUGAAAACCAAAACAAUAAGCUGAAAGACGCUAUAAUGCCUCAUAAAGCUAAUGGAAAAUGUGGGUUUGUCAUCAUGAUUGACCCCUUUUACAUGACUCAUUUCACCCAUUGUUGCUUAAAAAUGUUUUUCAUAGAGGCUUUAAAGCUGAAUUUACUUUAAGUUGGGAUUUUAAUGUCAAAGUGUUUAAUUUCACGUCCAAAGGAGUACCGAGCCAAUGCAAUAAAAGAUGUAUCUCCAUCUUUAUGCUGUCUGACUGCACUGUCUGUCUCAACUGGUAAUAGUAUUGUCCUUGUCAGUCUCAUUGGGGAGGCAAUGAGAAUCCAAUAAUGUGAAUGUUUAGCUGAGACUAUAUUUUCCUUGUCUUUGUUAUAUUCAAAUUAAAGGAUGUAUCCAAUUUCAUGCUCGUUGUGAUAGUAAGUGGAGAAAUAAUUACAGAUGACAGCCACAUGCCUAAUCAAGAACAAUUUUAAAGGAGGGUAAACUCAAUGUGGGCACAGCGCCACAGCGUGUCAGUGUCAUUUUUUCCACUUUAAUUCAUCCGAUCUGAUCGUGACAGAUCCUUGUGAAAGACACCUUCAAUAACAUUAAAAACACAGCCUUCGUGAUUAAGCAGAAACGACUGACGCUUGCAGCAUAUAUUCACCGUGAACAUAAGUGUUCAGCUGACUCACUGUUUCCACUCCUCUGGCAGUUAGGAUGCUCUGAUUUAUUUAUUUUUUUUUCUGCACAACUGAAAAACAUUCAGCUGACGGUAAAUUGAGGAGCUGAAGGGGGAGAGUGGCGCUGCUGUUUCAGCUCAUAGUUGUGACUGAAUGAUCUCAAACUGGCACAGACUCAGUCAGAUGAGACACAUUAGCAAGGAACCAGAAACUUCCUACACAUAUUACAGCUAAUGGACAAGUUUCCAGUGAUGAUCUCUGGACACUUACAGGAGAAGAUUAGGGUGGUGAGAAGACAUUUUUGUUUUGCACAUCUUGAGAGAAGAGCUGAUGCGUCUCAUUGUGCCACUGCAGCAGUACAGUCUUAUUUAAAAAAGGCAUCUAUAUAUGAAGUGUAAAGAUAAUGUUU